AUGGCUGGAGAUGGCAGUGAUGAGACUAUGUUUAUCUGGUGUGAGGACUGUGGGCAGUACCAUGAUUCAGAGUGUCCUGAACUCGGCCCAGUGGUGACAGUCAAAGACUCCUUUGUAUUGAGCAGGGCAAGAUCAUCUCUGCCUUCUAAUUUGGAGAUAAGACAAUUGGAAGAUGGGUCUGAAGGAGUGUUUGCUCUGACUCAGCUAGUAAAACGUACCCAAUUUGGCCCAUUUGAAUCCAAGAGAGUUGCCAAGCUGGAAAAAGAAUCAGUUUUUCCCCUGAAGGUGUUCCAGAAGGAUGGACCCCUGGUAUAUUUUGACACCUCAAAUGAAGAUGAUUGCAACUGGAUGAUGAUGGUGCGACCAGCCACCGAAUAUGAGCAUCAAAACUUAACUGCCUUCCAGCAUGACAAUGAUAUUUACUUCACCACCUCCCAGGACAUCCCACCAGGAACUGAGCUGCGAGUGUGGUAUGCAGCUUUUUACGCCAAAAAAAUGGAAAAGCCAGUGCUGAAGCAGGUCUCUAGUAUUGCCAAUGAUAUGUGCUUGGUAGUGAUGGAAUCUGAUAAAGAGGGAAAUAAAACCUCUUCAAAACCUUCAUCUGCUGUCUUCCCCCAUAAAAAAACGAAGAAAUCCAGCAUACCAGCAGCUGAUCCAGCAGUGAACACUCCAGAAGGCAGUGGAGAUGCAGAAGCAGAGUCCAGCCAGUGGACGUGUAAAGUGUGUUCAUCUGCAUUCCAGGAGCCUCAUCUGCUGACAGAGCAUUUGCUGAGUCACCUGGAACAAGCUAAAGGUGCCCCCCAAACCAGCCAAAAUGAGGCUGUUGCAGAGAAAGCAGCAGAAGCUUCCCCUGAGGAUCAGCCAGUGACUUGUGAUGCAGCCGGUGCCAGUACAGACUCAAGGAGGAAAGCCAGGCGGGGAAGAAAGCCCAAAACAGCAAAAGCAGAAACACCUCUUGUUGCUGAAGAGAAAGAUUCUGCAGUGGAACGUGUAGCUGACGUUGUAGCUGAGGUCCCGCCAGAAGAGGUAUCCCUGCCUUCAGCUGCAGAAGAAAGGAUUAUGGAAUUGGUUUUAGGAAAGAUGCCUAGCACCACAAAUAGCAUCAGUUCAGUGACAAAUAGGUUUGCUCAUCACCAAAACACCAUGUCCCUCAAAAGAAGUUUAAUUCUCUCCAGUAGACAUGGUAUACGGCGGAAGCUGAUAAAACAGCUUGGGGAGCACAAGCGAGUCUAUCAAUGCAGUAUCUGCAGUAAGAUCUUCCAGAACAGCAGCAACCUCAGCAGGCACAUCCGUUCUCAUGGUGACAAACUAUUUAAAUGUGAGGAAUGCGCAAAGCUGUUCAGCCGUAAAGAGAGCUUGAAGCAGCAUGUUUCAUACAAGCACAGCAGGAACGAAGUUGACAGUGAGUACAGAUACAAGUGCACCACAUGUGAAAAGGCCUUUCGGAUAGAGAGUGCGUUGGAAUUCCAUAACUGCAGGACAG